CCUGGCAACCCGACCUGCAGCCAACAGAGAGUCAACCGAGAGUUGACAGGAACAACAUCACUGCUCUGAGCGCACAUUAUUUAUAGGAAAGCAUUGCCUCACUUAACCAGAAGAGCCUCUGUUUUCUUGCCCUGGCAACUGACAGCUAAUUCACAAGAUCAGGUGUCCAGCAGCAGGAUGUACCAUUUUUGACUUUCAUUAUGCUGAUCAGUUGGACUUGAACAGGUUGAAGACGACUUACGAGGCUGCUGUGUCAGUCAGAGCUUGAACCCACGGUAGGAGAAGAAAUGGGGAACACAGCGACCAAGUUCCGUAAGGCUCUUAUCAAUGGGGAUGAGGUGCUGGCCUGCCAUCUCUAUGAGAGCAACCCACAGUUCAAGGAGGCUUUGGACCCCAACUCUACAUACGGAGAGUCCUACCAGCACAACACUCCACUACACUAUGCUGCCCGGCAUGCCAUGACACGCCUACUCAGGUCAUUUCUCCUAAGCAAAGACGGAAAUCCAAACAAGCGUAAUGUGCACAAUGAGACAUCUCUGCACCUUCUCUGCAUGGGGCCCCAGAUCUUGAUCGCAGAGGGGGCGCUCCAACCUCGGAUCUCACGGCCAUAUGAAGACGAACAGCGUCGGGCUGAAUGUUUGCAAAUCAUCCUGGCAUGGACCGGAGCAAAGCUGGACCAUGGGGAAUAUGAGAGUGCUGAUAUCAAUGCCACUGACAACAAGAAAAACACCUGCCUACACUAUGCUGCUGCCUCAGGCAUGAAGACUUGUGUUGAGUCCCUGGUGCAGAGAGAAGCGGACCUGUUUGCAGAGAACGAAAACCGCGAGACUCCAUGUGACUGUGCAGAGAAGCAGCACCACAAGGAGUUGGCCCUGUGCCUGGAGUCGCAGAUGGUCUUUUCGAUUGACCCUGAGGCAGAGGGUAUAGAGGCAGAGUAUGCAGCACUUGACCGAAGAGAGCUAUAUGAGGGCCUACGGCCUCAGGAUCUACGGAGGCUGAAGGACAUGCUAAUAGUGGAGACAGCUGACAUGCUGCAGGCCCCGCUCUUCACUGCAGAGGCACUGCUACGUGCCCAUGAUUGGGACAGAGAGAAGCUCUUAGAGGCCUGGAUGACCAAUGCAGAAGAAUGCUGCCAACGCUCGGGGGUACAGAUGCCCAACCCCCCUCCAAGUGGCUGCAAUGCCUGGGACACCAUACCUUCACCUCGGACACCGCGCACCACCCGCUCCUCCAUCACUUCCCCAGACCAAAUCAGCCUCAUGCCUGCUGAUGAUGAGCUUUCCCUGUGCGGUAUCUGUAUGUCUUCCAUCUCCAUCUUUGAGGAACCUGUUGACAUGUCCUGUGGCCACGAGUUCUGCAGAGCAUGCUGGGAAGGGUUUCUAAAUCUAAAGAUCCAAGAAGGUGAAGCCCAUAACAUCUUCUGCCCGGCCUUUGACUGCUACCAGCUUGUGCCUGUGGAAGUUAUAGAGAGUGUGGUGUCUAGAGAGAUGGACAGACGCUACCUGCAGUUUGACAUCAAGGCAUUUGUGGAGAACAAUCCAGCAAUCCGCUGGUGUCCUGUGGCAGGGUGUGAAAGGGCUGUGCGACUAAACACCCAGGGUCCUGGGACCUCCACCUCAGACCCUCUUAGCUUUCCCCUCCUUCGGGCCCCUGCAGUAGAUUGUGGCAAAGGCCACCUCUUCUGCUGGGAGUGUCAAGGUGAGGCCCAUGAGCCCUGUGACUGUGAGACCUGGAAGUUGUGGCUACAGAAAGUCACUGAGAUGAGACCUGAGGAAUUGGCUGGUGUGAGCGAAGCUUACGAGGAUGCAGCCAACUGCUUAUGGUUGCUCACUAACUCCAAACCGUGCGCCAAUUGCAAGUCCCCGAUACAGAAAAAUGAGGGCUGCAACCACAUGCAGUGUGCUAAGUGCAAGUAUGACUUCUGCUGGAUCUGUCUGGAGGAGUGGAAAAAGCACAGCUCAUCAACAGGAGGCUACUAUCGCUGCACCCGCUACGAGGUCAUCCAGCAGGUGGAGGAGCAGUCAAAGGAGAUGACUGAAGAGGCAGAGAAGAAGCACAAGGGCUUUCAAGAACUCGACCGUUUUAUGCACUACUACACACGCUUCAAGAACCAUGAGCACAGCUAUCAGCUGGAGCAGCGCUUGUUAAAAACAGCCAAAGAGAAAAUGGAGCAGCUCAGUCGAGCCCUGAGAGGAAGGGAGGGAGGCCCACCUGACACUACAUUCAUUGAAGAUGCAGUCCUAGAACUACUAAAGACUCGCCGCAUUCUCAAGUGCUCUUAUCCUUACGGGUUCUUUCUGGAGCCCAAAAGCACAAAGAAAGAGAUCUACGAGCUUAUGCAGACGGACUUGGAGAUGGUGACUGAGGACCUGGCACAAAAAGUUAACCGGCCUUACCUGCGGACACCGCGUCACAAGAUCAUCCGUGCGGCGUGUCUGGUACAGCAGAAGAGGCAGGAGUUCCUGGCCUCAGUAGCCAGGGGAGUUGCCCCCAAUGACUCUCCUGAGGCCCCCAGGCGCAGUUUUGCUGGCGGAACGUGGGACUGGGAAUAUUUAGGCUUUGCAUCACCUGAGGAGUACGCAGAGUUCCAGUAUAGACGGAGACAUAGGCAGCGGAGGCGAGGCGACAUGUCCAGUCUGCGUAGCAACACACCCGACCCUGAUGACCACAGCGACAGCACUUCAGAUACACAGGAUGUCGGAAGUGGACGAAGACAAGGUCCUCUGAUGGGUCUUGGUUCCUUGGAUGACGAUGACCCUAACAUUCUACUGGCCAUUCAGCUGUCACUCCAGGACUCUGGGAUGGCAGGGAGUGGGUCCAGCCAUGAGGUCCUUGCCAAUGAAGCCUCACUUGGCGCUAUCGGCACCUCCCUGCCUUCUAGGCUUGAACAGAGUGCUCCUGGCGUAGAGGUCCUCCCCAGAGCUUCUCUAAGCAGCUCAGGACUGCUGGAGCUGGGAGAUAACUUGGCAAGACUUGGCAACAUCAACGUCAGCAGCCAGUAUUCUGCUGCUACUGGUGUUCCUGCCUCUGUACAGCACUGUGACAGUCGCCACCGGACCUACGGGGCCUCUGUGCCAAUACAAGCGGCUCCAGGUGGCAGCAACUCAUCUACAGGCCUCUUCUCCUCUUCUAGUGACACGGUAGACUCAACUACAUGUGGCAGCCACGACCCAUCCUCAUCCUCUGCUUUAGCUGCAAAUGGUAACCUGCUGGGCAACAUCAUGGCUUGGUUCCACGACAUGAAUCCUCAAGGUAUCACCCUGGUUCCGUCAACCACCUCUGACACCAAUACAAACCUGGGUGCACUCCGUGCAGUUGGAGGGGGCUGCCGGCAAGAUGAUGAGAAAGCCGCUGUUGUCGUCCUGCCUCAGGAAGUGGUGGCAGAUGUGGGUUUCUGCUCUCAGAAACUGAGUGACAUGGAGGAUAAGGAGUGUGCAGUCGCUGAGAGGCCGACCCAGUUAGACCUGGUGGGACUGGACACCAUGCCGCUACCUUACAUGGCCACCCUUGACCCAAGUGGAGACCAUGCUGAGCGUGGAGGCUCAAAGGUCUGCCAUGUCGACACUCCACGAUGUCACUCUGUAUCCGACCAGCUGCCCAGCACCAGCUCCUCUGAGUGGGAGGAGCAAGUGCACCUGGUAUGAUCUGAUUGGCUGAGAUGGGAAGGAGCUUUUCAGAAAGGCCAAAAACCACUAGGGAUAGCAAAUUAAAUAGAGCUGAAGAAUAGUAGCUAUUAAGGUGGAAUGUACACAGAAUGAAGAAUGUGUCAGUUUGUACUUGGUUGGAACAUGGGGGAAGAAGUAUUUAGACUCCUAGCUUAGUCUAGCAUUCAGUCAGAUCAGUUUCCUGUUUUGACUGUAUUGUCAGUCCCUCAUCAACCAGCCCUCUUGAAAAGAAAGCACUAUCUGAAGGAGAGACUACAUUUGAUUAUGAAUUUCAGUGAUAUGUUUCCUGAAAUGAUUCUGUGCUGAUAGAAAUAAGAAUAAGUUGCUUUUUGUGAAAUCAGUUUUAGAGACUUUAGCUUUGUGCAGGUAUUUUUUUUUACCACUGGAGUAAAAGCCUACUGUAUGUCUGAGGCAGUUUUUUGACCUGUACAUACGGAGCAGGUUAAUAUCCAAUAUUUGAUCUGUAGGGGACAGGCUGAGAAGUAGUUCUCACUCCUGUCUAUAUCUGCCUACUUUAUAGGUGCCAAACACUGACUAGCAAAAGCACAGUUUGCAGUCACCAAGUGGAUUCUUCAAAGCAAAUUGUGCCUGCUUAUUACAAUCUUGACGACUCAGCUGAACUUUAAUGUGAAAGUCUCGAGCCAUAUUUUUAUUUGAGAUUGCGGCUGAGUGAAAUUUUCAAAUCUCGGUAUCUAAAAGCUGUAGUGUGCUGUGUAAAUCUGCAGUUUAAGACCAUAAUGGUUGUGUACUUAAUUCUGUGAAACAUUCACAUUCAGAAACAUUUUUGAUUAAUUAUUCAAAUGAACAGGAGGGGGUCUGCUCAAAAACAUUUCAAAAUGGACUUUACAAUGGUGAUUCAUCUCCAAGCCUCAAUCUUGAAACACUUUAGGUAGGAAAUGUCUUCUGAGCUUCAAAAGCAACAAACGCUGUGAGGCCGAGAUGCGACUCAGCAUCAUUCAGAUGACACCUUUGUACAGCGUAUUUUGGAUUCCAUUGUAGCUUGUCUUGAAUUAAUGUUUGAGCACUGCAGCUGAAUGAGGAUCCUGACAAACUAAGUAGACAGCAAGUAGUCUUGUUUAUACACAGCAGGAAACGCCAGUGAAAGAGAUCAUCAAGCAGUCACAUUCAGAUUUUGGUGAAUUAAUCACUCAAGCCCAAGUCACUAUAGUUAACCUCUGGGUCCUAUUUACGUGUAACAUAAGCAAAGCCUUCUUAGAGCUCUGCAGAUGUCCCGGACUGCAGGGUAACGCAUGGAGAAAAUGUGAAUGUGUGUUGCAUCUCAAACACAUGGGGAGUCCAUGUUUUUGAAAUGGUUCUCUACGCAGUUAGAGAUACAGUGCCUUCAUGUCAAUCACCGUUAUUUAAUCCUUUUUCACACAUUUUUCCUGAGUGCUAAUUACACAGUAUUUACAGUGUAAACAAAACAAACACCUGUUACCUUAAAGUUAUUUCUCUCACAAAGUUUAUAGUGUGCAGACAUGAGCUCUUGAUCUUUUUCCUCAAAAAUAUUUGUAGCAUGAGGCUUUUCAUUGGUUCUAGUAGUAUAAUUGUGUAUGGAUAAAACUGAUUUUAUAUGAUUUGGUAUAAUGGGUAACGGUUAAUAUCAUACUUUCAAAUCUUACCCCCAAAUAUUUUGAAAUAAGGAUUUAUCUCUCUGCAGUAGGGCUCCUUGCCCUACAUUUUUAAACAGAUGGUUUUUCUGUGGUUUAGAAACUAAAAUCACUGUAUUGACUUUGGAAUGAGUUGACCUACUGUAUGUGUAUGAUGUGUCCUACCCAAAGACACUAAAAUGGAGUAAAGUUGCAAUAUAACGGAGGUAUUUAUUUGAAAUUAAACUGAUCCAUUAAAGAAAAAUGGAUUGUAAAUAACCAAUAUGAAAUGAACACAUUAGUGUUUUACAUUUAAGACUUAAUGUUUUUGUACAGACUAAUGUCUGGCUUAAGUAAAUUUCUUUUCCAGCAGAUGUAUAGAGCCAUAUUAAAUCUAAAAGUAGUGAUUUGCUUUGAAAAGUGUCUUGAAGUUGUGAAACUGUGAGUGCCAUGUGGUUAGUGGGGCUAACUUUUUUGGACAUGGUUAAUGUAAGUGGGUUAAACAGAGGAGACAACACAUGUUGUCCUUUUUGUGUAGCAGUAUGCCGUGCAUGAAAUGGGUACAAGUCUAAAUGUAAUUUGUACUUCCUUCAAAUUUCACCUCUGAUGUCCGGGUGAUUUAUUUUAAAAUGGCAUAUAACAUUUUGUAACUCAUUGAGAUUUUCUAUUGUAAAGCAACUAAUCCUUGAAAUGCUAUUUGCACUUUCAUAGUCUAUACUUGAUACAUUCCCUCUUUAUAUGAAAAAUGUUUGAUGUGUGAUGCCAAUAAACCAUGUGUUGAGUUUUAA